UAACUAUAAAUAGUUACCAGUGAUUCAAUUAGUGGUCAACAAUCAAGAUACUUUGUGCAAAUUUAUUUUAUAAAACGUUCAAUAUAAAUAAACGUAAUUUGUGUAUAAAUAAUAAUUAUGGCUGACGAGGAUUUCGACGGAGACGAAGUUGCAGAUGAUUUCGAUGAUGUUGAUGAUGACGAUAAUAUAGAAUUGGAAGCACAAGAGGAAGAUGGUGAAAAUAUUGAAUUAUUAGCUGCAGGUGAAGCAUCUGGAGGAGUUCAAAGAUCUAAAAGAAUAACCACAAGAUAUAUGACAAAAUAUGAACGGGCACGGGUGUUAGGGACAAGAGCGUUACAGAUAGCAAUGUGCGCUCCUGUAAUGGUUGAAUUAGAAGGUGAAACUGAUCCUUUACAAAUCGCUAUGAAAGAAUUGAAACAGAGAAAAAUUCCUAUCGUCAUUAGGCGAUAUUUACCGGAUAACAGUUAUGAGGAUUGGGGCAUUGAUGAAUUAAUUAUAAUAGAUCACUAGAGUAUAAAAUAGUUAAGCAAUAUUUUAAUCUUAGAUUGGAUAGAAAUAAUAGGAGCUGUAUCAUUUUUCAAUAUUCCUACUCGUUAGAUUAAUAAGCUACUAUAAUCCUCCGAUAACUUAGUCAAUAUUAAUACAUUCACUAUUGUGAAGCGGAAAAGUGAUUUCAAUAGCUUAAAAUUUAUUGUUCACAUCAAUCAUAAUUGCAAAUGUUCAAUGCUGGGAUCUCAAUGAAAAUCAGUAAGUUACAGACAUGUGACACUGAUAGUGAAUAUAUUAACAAAUUAUUAUGUAAAUAAUUGAAAUUAUAGAAAUAUAAAUGAUAAGUUGAACGAACUGUAAUAUAAAAAAUAAAUU